AUGAGUCUCGUGGGUGGUAUGGCAAGCUUGAGGCUACAGGAUGACAAUAUUGGUGAUGAUGUUGACUUUGAUGUGGAUGAUGAUGAUGACCUCCCCAUGGAAUUUAUGGCCACUAUAAAAUGUCCUGGACAUUCGCGCCCAAUCACCAAUUACUUUGCGAUUGUGAAGAUCCUCCAGCAUAAGGAGGUUGGGACUGUCCCUCUGCCAUUGCACACAUUCGUCAUCAGAUGCAUGGCAUAUCAUCUCACGUAUUCCCCAUCCAUCAGAUCCAUCUCCAUCAACGAUGCUGCUAUCAAAUUCAGCCUUCCUGAGUUACAGCUGGCCAUUGCUGAUUUUCUUCAUCACGAAGCUACCUAUGGACAGAAUUAUGUCCACACAAUUGGGGGAGCCAGGAGGGCUGAACCUACUGCUUCCCUGCCAUUUGAUAAAAUUCAAAUCUGGUUCAAACUUUGCCUACAGGACACAGAGUUUCAUGACAGUAGCAUCAUAUGGCCCGUGCAGACCCUGAAUUGUGUGCCGUCUUCUGAUGUCUGGAACUCUGGUAGGUAUGACUCAGCUAUUGUGAACAAUGAGUCAGGGUGCCUUUGGCCUGCUCAUGGUCUUUGUGGUCACACAAUUGGUCAAAUUAGGCUUAUCAUGCAUCCAGUUGGAAGAAUCAACAUGGAUUGGUCAUGGGAGGACUGUUUCCUUGUCUAUAUGUACCGGUUUGAUGGUACAAUGAGCGCUCGUGACCCUACCACACAGUUGCACUCGAUCAGAAGGGUGAAAUGUUCCAAUGCACAUAACCGUCUGGCUCUCAUGCUCGAGGAGGACCUAGAUAGCAGCUUUAAUGAAGAUGAUCUGCAGCUUCGCAAUACCAGUACUAUCCUUGAUGCUCUUGACCAGAUGGAGGUGGAUGAUGACCCUGAGGCUGAUGACACCAAGAGCAAUGAACUCAACAUAGCUGCUGGACCCAAUCAAUCACAAAGCAUCCAUACACCUCCUCCAACAAUCGUAAAGAAGCAAAAACGAGGUACUAUUGCCAAUCAUGCUCCAGCCCCACUGACAAAGGAGGUCUCCUACAUCAUCACUGUAUUCUCUGCUGCCGAAAUGAAGAAAGCAAAAACCAAACGCCAGCCUAUCAGCACUUCUGUCAACCUGAACUCUGAUGAACCCUGGGAUACUCUCAAGGCCCAGGUCCUUAUCCCACGAGUCCUCCCAAAACCUGGAUUGUCACUCAUAAUGCAAGCUGAUUUCGAUGGUAUGAUGAAGCACGUGAAUGGAAUGAAUGCUGUGAGUCCGCUUGUCAACAUCACUGUUGUCCAGGGCCAAGUUCAGGGAGCAAACACUGGCAAUGACGAAAAUGAGGAUAAUGCAGAACAUGCACCAAUGAAGAAUAAGAAACGAAAAGAAUCCCCUGCUCUCCUUCCUGGAAAUGAGAGGAAGUUGAACAACAUUCAAAUUCUUCGAGCUCGCUGGAAGUGCAAGAGGACAGACUCAGCAUGCCCCUCUGAACACUGCUAUAUCAACCCAGAAACUGAAGAACACCUCCCACUCGGACAUGAACAAUUUGACUGUUGGGCAUCUGCGAUGCUCAAGGAUGAUGGGAUGGCAACUGUCAAUAAGCCACCACAUCACAAGCUUUUCGAUUCUCGUCCUUCAGCAAUCAGUCCUGUACUACAGCGGCGACUCGACACCCAAAACACUAAAUCAUCUUCAUCAUCUGCCCCAGUUUUCAACUUCACGAUCGGAAAUGAAGUCAUCAAUUUUUUUCGCCCACAGGUGCCUGCUAUUCCCGUGAUACCACUGGCUGCAGCUGCAGCCCCCUCCGACCCUACAUGUACCUCUCUCCUUCAUCCAUCUCGUAUGCAAGGAACAGACAUGCCACUCAACAAGUUUUGUGAAGAAUAUGACCUAGGCAACACCAUUCAUGCAAAGCUUGCUGAGAAUGCCUACAAAGAAGCUUGA